AUGGGGCCGUGGCGGUGGUCGCUGUUCUGGUGCUUCCACGUGGCGCUGGUCCGCGGCACCGUCCUCGCGGGGGGCCAGAACUCGCAAGAAAGACCCCCGCGGCCGGCGGGAUGGUCCCCGGCCCCGUCAUCCUCCUGGGCGCCCACGCCGGAGCCGGGAUCGUCGCGGGACCCCGAGGGCUCGGCGGCGGCGUUGGCUUUCCUGCAGACGGGCGAUGCGCAGAGGCUGGCCCGGGCCAACUGCAGCCGGGGUGUCGCGGGGGGGGGAGCCGGGCCCGGCCCCCCCCCGGCGCUACGUUCCGCUUUGCGUGCCGCCCCCGAGGCUCUGGCCCACGCCGCCAACUUCCUCAACAUGCUCUUCCAGACCAACGACAUCCGCGAAGCCAGCGUGGCCGAGGACGUGGAGUGGUACCAGGCGCUGGUCCGCAGCCUGGCAGAGGGGCACCCGUGGGUGCGCCGGGCGGUCCUCGCCCUCGACGCCCACCCGCUGGCCGCCAAGCCCCGGUUGAUGCUGCAGGCUACCAAAGGGAACGGUGAAAUCCUGCUGCAGGACGUCUCCUCCACCGCUCCCGGCCUCGGAAACCUCAGCUGGGAUAACGAGUGGUUCAACUCCUUCAAGUCCCAGCGGAACCCUCUCCUCCACAAACGGGUGCUCAGCAAUGACCUGCGCAGCAUGGAGACCCCCAAGUGGCAGCGGGGCGAUAGCUACAUGGGGGAGCCGGGCCACGUGCGGUGGUCCCCCCCGUUCCUCGAGUGCCGGGACGGCAGGUUCCUGCCCGCCUGGGCGGUCACGCUCUCCUCCGCUUUCUACGGGCUCAAGCCAGAUCUUAGCCCUGAGUUCAAGGGCGUCGUGCGGGUGGACAUCGAGCUGCGGGACGUGACCAUCGACCAGUGCGCCAGCGGGCCGGGCUGGUUCGCAGACACGCACCGCUGCGACCUCAACAGCACCCAGUGUGUCCCCCAGGAGAGCCGUGGCUUCGUCCUCGGGAGGUACUUGUGCCGGUGCAAGCCGGGCUUUUACGGGGCCGGCGGAGCUGCCAGCGGUGCCCGGGCAGGUGGGUGACGGACGGUGGGGGCAGACGGGGGGUCCCGGCUGGCGUGCCGGCCCUGCCGCCAGGGAUGCACCACCUGCGAGGACGACAUGCCCUGCCUGAUCCAGGAGGAUCGGGCGCUGCGGGCAGCCAUCCUCUCCUGCCAAGCCUGCUGCAUGCUGGCCGUCUUCCUCAGCAUGCUCGUCUCCUACCACUUCCGACGGAGCAAGAGGAUCCGGACGUCGGGAGUCGUCCUCCUGGAGAUGAUCCUCUUCGGGUCCCUCCUCCUCUACUUCCCCGUGUUCAUCCUGUACUUCAAGCCGAGCAUCUUCCGCUGCAUCGUCCUGCGCUGGGUGCGCAUGCUCGGCUUCGCCAUCGUCUACGGCACCAUCACCCUCAAGCUGUACAGGGUGCUGAAGGUGUUCCUGUCCCGCACGGCCCAGCGGGUGCCCUACGUGUCGAGCCAGCGGGUGCUGAAGAUGCUGGGGCUGAUCCUGCUCCUGGUGCUGUGGUUCCUGGCAGCCUGGACCAUCGGGAUGCUGGAGAACGUCGACAAGAACAUCCCGCUGGUGAUCCGUACCCAGACCGCCCGCGGGCUCCACUUCUACAUCUGCAGCCACGACCGCUGGGACUACAUGAUGGUGAUCGCCGAAAUGCUGUUUCUGCUCUGGGGCAGCUUCCUGUGCUACGCCACGCGCACUGUGCCCUCCGCCUUCCACGAGCCCCGCUACAUGGGGAUCGCGCUCCACAACGAGCUCAUGAUCUCGGGCACCUUCCACGUGGUCAGGUUCAUCAUGGUCCCAUCGCUGCACCCCGACUGGACCCUGCUGCUCUUCUUCGCUCACACCCACAGCACCAUCACCAUGACCCUGGCGCUGGUCUUCAUCCCAAAGUUCCUCCACGCUGGCUCGCCGCUGCGGGAGGAGAUCGCGGCCGAGGUCUACGAGGACGAGCUGGACAUGCGGCACUCGGGCUCCUGCUUGAACAGCAGCAUCGCGUCCGCCUGGAGCGAGCACAGUCUUGACCCCGAUGAUAUUCGGGAGGAGCUGAAGAAGCUUUACUCCCAGCUGGAGGUGCACAAGAGGCGGAAGGCGCCCGCCACCCCCCCCCCCCCCCCCAACAAGCCCGCCCCCCGCCGCAGCUUGGGCCGCUCCAUCGUGCGCCGCCUCGCCGAGCUGCCCGAGGCCGCGGCACGCCGUAGCGGCGGAGGGGAACGGGUGGGCACCCCGGCACGCCGCGGUUCCUCGGCCAAGCGGCUCCCCGACGCCGGCGGCGCCAGCCUGCGGAUGCGGGAUGACGGUUCCCGGCGCCGUGCCGCAGCCCCGCGCAAGUCCUGCAGCACCGAGGGUCCUGCGCAGGAGCCCUGGGAAAGCUUGCCCAUCCGUGGUCCCCCCGGGGAGCCCACGCCGGGGAGGAAGACGAUGGCAGAGACGACCUUGGAGCAAUCCGACAGCGAGUCCCUCGAUGCCGCCCCACUCGUAUGCAAGUCAGCCAGCGCCCACAACCUGGCGGGGCACGGGCAGCAGCCCCCCUCGCCCCGCGCAGCCCCUUUGCAGAAGUCGCUCAGCGUCGUCGCCGGUGCACGGGAAGAGGCUCUGCUCGCCGCCAGCCGAGCUGCGCGGCAGGAGCGGUACGCCAAUCGGCACCUCUCUGCCCUGUCCUCGGAGCACCCCACGGUCCCCAAGGAAGCCGAGAAGCCCCAAAUCCCCGGUGCAGCUGAUGCCCUCCUGCCAGCCAGCUCCAGCCCUGCCAAGGGAUGCCUCCAGAAGGACACGUCCACCGUGGGCGAUGGCAAGGUGCAGAAGCAUGUUACCUACGCGCCCAUCAAGAGCAUCAGCAUUGACAGCUCCCACCUCCCGGGCCGGGUGCGGGUGACGGUGAGGAGGACCCCCCCGCCACCCCCAGUCCGCUACCAGAGCCUGGGGCAGCACGCUGCGCCGGCCGGUGACAGCCCGGAGCCAGCGGAGUUGCCUGCAGAUUCCCCGGCACAGGCAGGAGAGCCAGAGAGGACACCAGAGGGAUCUGCAGAGGAAAAGCUGGGGCAUGCGUCCCCCCCGGUGGGGAAGGGCAGGCUGCUGACCUCAGCCUCCAUCCCGGCACAGGUCUGCCCCUGGGAGCUGGUCCAGGAGGAGAUCCUGAGCCAGAAGCAAAAAGCUGCCGAGGCAGCAGACUCGGGGACCCCCGGUGACACAGCGGCCACCCCCUCCAGCCUCAAGCCAUCCUCCCAGAAGACCUCCCUCCGGGGCUUGGGACUCGCCAUCAAAGCCUUCAAUCGCUCCAGGGGGAAAAGCAUCCUGAGGGGGAAGAGGGAGGGUGAGGGGAGCCUCAGGAAGAAGGGGCGCGAGUGGGAGGGGGGCAGCAGGAGGGAGAGGCCUGGCCUGGCAGAGAUGUCAGUUGUGUCCCUCGGGGGGAUUAGCCAAGACCCUGCCGCCAAAAGCCCUGAAUGGAGCAGGCAGAGGCCCAGCAGCGAGCCCACCGCCCGCCUGUGGCAGGGGGACGCGGUCCCCUGCCAGCACAACAACAAUGCCGGCACCACCUGGGAAGCUGCAGGCUGGGGGGACGGUGGGACAGAAGGACAGUGGGACAGCCCAGCCCCGGGGACAGGCGAUGGUGAGAAUCUGGCAGAGAAGCCCAGCGCUCUCCAGGGGGAUGGAGAUGCUAGUGGGGGCCCAGAGCCACCCUCAGGGGGGCAUAAAGUCCCACGCGGUGUUGGCCACCAAGAAGGAGCUGAAUAUCCCCAGGAAACCCCGGCAGUGGCCGACAGUGGGAAAACACAGAUAUGUCCCCAGCCAGGGGCCAAGGUUGCCAUGGCCGAGCCGGGAAAGGAUGCUCCUGCAGCCAUUGUGAGGUUGAUCGCACCAAAGGAACAGGGGGCCAGGCCAGCUGAAGGGCUUGAGAGCAGCAGGUCCCUCCAUCCCCAGGACCGCACAGAGGUGGAGCAGCCACAUGCAAAACCCAUCGCGAGCAGCCCCCACCCGUCCACCACCGGUGUGGAGAGAGCGGCUGCUGAGAAGUUGAGGGCUGAGGUUUGUUCCCGGGAAGCCCCGGGCAUCCCAGCAGCAAGAGGAGCCUUGCUGCGUCAGGAGGCAAUUGUUUCCCGGGAGGAGAGAGGGGUCCCACUGGGCGAGGAGAGACCAGCCAAGGUGCUGGAGAAGGGGAGCAGCCAGCCUGAGCCCCUCAGUCCCGGGGGCAGCUGGGGCACCGAGAGGGUCCCCCCAAGGAGCUGGAGCACAGAAGUGGCCCCGGCUGCAGUGGGGAAAGCCAGCAGGGCAACGGGCAGGCAGGCAGAGGUCUGUCCUGUGGAAACUCAGGCAGAUUCCAGCAUUAGAAUAGAAAUCUGCCCCUGGGAAGAGAGCGGGGGUGAGCACUGGGGGCCAGGAAGAGCCCCGGGGAAGGGCAGCAGCGAGGUGGAUGCUGGCCACCCCAGGGAAGAGCUGGGCAUGGAGAAACCGCUAGCAAAAAGCCCAGAGCUGCUGAAAGUGGCUUUGGAGAAGUCAAGCAGUGUGGAGGGCAAGAGGGCUGAGGUUUGUCCGUGGGAGACCGGGGACGGGGGAAAGACUGUCAGAGCAGAAAUCUGCCCCUGGGACAUGGAGGGGGCUCAGCUGGAGAAAGAGAGGCAGGAAGGAGAGAGCAUCAGACCAAAAUCACUGGGUUUGCUGAGAGCACAGGAGAGCCGGAGCAGCCUGCAAGUGCCCAGCCAGCCCUGGGGCAGCACCAGCAGCGAAGAACCCCCAUCGAAACCUGCUCCCAAAAGCUCUGAGCUUUGCUUAGAGGGAACAGCCUUAUCCGAUGCAGGGAAAUUAGAUGAUGGUAAAAUUUCCCAAAUGAAGAAAGGGAUUUCCUCACAGAGAGUGGCCCUGAGGGGCACGGGAGAGACAGCUCUGGCUGCAGACAAGGGGAGCAGCCAGUGGGGAUCUUCCCAGCCCGGGGAAGGUGCGGAGCAGCCUGGCACAGGGCUCACAGCAAAACACCUAGCUCUGCCCAAAACAUCAGUGAAGCAAGCAGGAACCAUUGACAGCAAAAAGGCCAACAUUUGUCCAUGGGAAGUAGAAGAUGAGCCUCUUGCUAAAACAGAAAUCUGCCCUUGGGAAGAGCCUGCAGCUCCACUGGGGAAAGAGAGACCGAGUCAGGACACACAUGGGACUUCCAAAGGGAAAACCAAACCAGGAUCUGGAAGACUUGAAGAUAUCAAAGCAAAACUGGCAGAGAUGGGUGGCCAUGGCUCAGAGCACAGGGACACCGGGAUCUUUGCAAAGCUCCCUAGGAAAAGCCUGGAGAAUUCAAAAGCUGAGUCCAAGAAAUCCCAGAGUGUGGAGAGCAUAAAGGAGGAGGUCUGUCCCUGGGAGAGCUUGGGCACAGAGCAGCUCCCAGAAAAAACCCAUGCCAGGACUCCAGCGCUGCCCAAAUCGCCUUCAAAGAAAUCCCAGAGCGUGGAGAGCCUGAAGGCAGAGGUCUGUCCUUGGGAGGCUCAGGAGGUUGAAUCCAGUGAUAAAGCAGAAAUCUGCCCCUGGGAGGUGGCUGCACCUCUGCUAGAAAAAGGAGCAGCCCCGGGUAAGGCAAACCUCCCACCGAAAAAAGCAGGUGCCUCCAAACCACCAGAGAAGGGGAGCAGUGAGUGCGAGGCCAUCUGCCCCUGGGAGAGCCUGGGCACAGAGGAGCUCUCCCUGAAAACCGCUACAGGGAAAGAGCCAUCCAAGAAGUCCGACAGCACAGAGAGCAGGAAAUCUGAUAUUUGCCCCUGGGAAGCAGUAGAGCCCACCAGCUCAGAGAAGGGAAGCUUCAAACCCGGCGUGCACCCACGGGGAGCUGACAGAGCAUCCACCAUUGGGAUGGGAAAGUCAAAGCUGGUGGCAGGAGCCAGCACCGUGUCUGCAACAGUCCUGCUGAAAAAAUCCAAGGGCAGAUCUGACGGCGAGGCUGAGCAUAAGCCCCUGUGCCGCAUCCUGCCAGGCAUCCAGCCCCCACGGAGCCCCAGGGCAGAGCCACUGCCUUGGGGAGCGAGCACGGCUCCUGCGGCGGGCAGCAGCCCCAGCCCAGGCACUAGCGUAGCUGAAGUUUGUCCCUGGGAAACAGAAGAGGCUCUGCCAGCAUCUGACAAGACCAACACAGACACGAGGAAAACCGCCGAGGUGUGUCCGUGGGAGGUGGAGAGCAUUGAUCCCACCCUGACCCUCCACAGGCAGGGCAGAGCUGGGGUGAGCCCCCAGGAUGGAGACAGGGGUGUGAGUGAAACCAAAACCGAUGUCUGCCCAUAG